UCUCUUCCCACAAGAAUCAGUAGCUCUUCAUGACAAGAAAGCAAAUUGACCUUGCAUACAUAAAAAAUGAUGUUGCAAGAAAAACCACCUUCAAGAAAAGGAAGAGCGGACUGAUGAAAAAGGUAAGUGAACUCAGUAUUCUAUGUGGAACUGAUGCAUGUGCAGUAAUUUAUGGUCAGCAUCAAGCCAACCCUGAUGUUAGUCCAUGCCCUGAUGGAGCCCUACGAACAAUCACAAGGUUUAAGCAGAUGUCCAAGAUGGAAAGGAGUAGGAACAUCCUGAAUCAAGAAAGUUUUCUUAGGCAAACGAUAUUUAAAGCUGAUGAGAAAUUGAAGAAACAGAUGAGUGACAACCAAGAGAAGGAAAUGAUGAUUCAAGCCAUUUACGGGAGCCUUCCAGCUGACUGGUUGCAAAAAUUGAGUCAUGUGGAUUUGAAUGACUUGUGGUUGUCAGUGGAGAAGAAUAUAGAGGCAAUUGCAGAAAUGAUGACCUCACUGGAAAAACCAUGAUGACCAUGAGGCUUUAAGAAAUUGGAUGUGUAUCUUUGAAUUGGAUUUUAAAAAAAAUUACCCUCUUAUUGAAUUUCCAAUGUGUUUGAUUUGUGUUCUUUUUCUUCUUCAAUG